CUAUUUAGUUAGACGGCUGAGUUACCAAGAAGAGCUGGAAACACCUGACGGUCUCUGUGGGACAAUCCGCUCCAUAUUACUUCCCUCUUCACUGUCGCAAGAUUGUCAAUCUACCUCCAGGCUUCAGCAUUGUCGAGUUUAUGUUUUCCUUUCUUUUUUGAGAACCUUACAGAGCCAGCUGAUCUCCCGUUUUCUCACCCAAAGAAUUACCGAUAAGGAGAAUUUGCACUAUUUUACUCCCUCUCUCUCUCUCUCUCUCUUUUUUAAUUGUUUCUAUUUAUUGUAUUUUGCACUAACGAUGCACACCACGCAAAAGGACACGACCUACACGAAGAUUUUUGUCGGGGGUCUUCCCUACCACACCACGGAUUCAAGUCUCAGGAAAUAUUUUGAGGUGUUCGGAGAGAUUGAAGAAGCUGUGGUCAUCACCGACAGACAGACCGGCAAGUCUAGAGGUUAUGGAUUUGUGACGAUGGCGGACCGCUCGGCCGCGGAUCGGGCCUGUAAGGACCCCAACCCGAUCAUCGACGGCAGGAAGGCCAACGUGAACCUGGCCUACCUGGGGGCGAAGCCUCGAGUGAUGCAGCCAGGUUUUACCUUUGGCGUUCCCCAAAUUCACCCUGCGUACAUUCAAAGGCCUUAUGGCAUCCCGGCCCACUACGUGUACCCUCAGGCCUUCGUUCAGCCUAGCGUGGUCAUUCCCCACGUGCAGCCCACAGCCGCCGCCCCCGCCACCGCCUCGUCCCCCUACAUCGACUACACCGGGGCGGCCUACGCCCAGUACUCCGCGGCUGCAGCCAGCGCCGCCGCCGCCGCCGCGUACGAGCAGUAUCCUUACGCCGCCUCCCCCGCCGCCACAGGCUACAUGGCCACCGCCGGCUACGGCUACGCGGUCCAGCAGCCCCUGGCCACCGCCACCCCGGGCUCGGCCGCCGCCGCCGCCGCGGCCUUCGGCCAGUACCAGCCUCAGCAGUUGCAAGCUGACCGCAUGCAAUAGCAGCCACUGCAACCACUGGACAUGCAGGGAGAGGAGGCUCAACCCCGGCCACAGCGGAGCAGCUGCAGGGAGCGGAGGAAAAGAAAGAGGGAGUCUCCUUAAGGGCGUGGCACGUCAGCAACUCGGAGGCAAGAGCUGCUCUUAAAAGGUGAUGAUGGUGGUGGUGGUGAUGAUGGUGGUAGUGAUGAUGGUGAGGUGGAAACUUUUUACAGUAACUUUCCAACUUGCUGUGCUUCAACCAAAAAAACAAAAAACAGAAAAUUGAAAAAAAAAAAAAGUCGGAGAACAAAUAAUGAUUUACUAUUAUUAUUGUUGUUGUUAUUACUAUGAUUAUUAUCAUAAUUAUCAUUACUAUUAUCAUUGUAGUAGAGUACUUAUUUCUAGAGAAGAGGAUCCAGGAACUAAUCCCUGUGGUUGGUAUAGGUGUUCAACUAAGCCUUCAAGUCCUAUUGCUGUCUUUAACGUUAGUUUAGGAAAAUGCUCUCUUUUUUUUUUCACUUGUCGUGUUCCACAAGUGUUUAUUUAAUGCCCUCGUAACAUUUCUAUUUAUUAUUGUUAUUAUUACACAUUGAGGGCUCUGCUCGUUCUUUUUUUUUUUUCUUUUUGUCUUUUCAAGUGCAUUUUUUGGAGUUAAUAUUUUCUGAUAAUCAGGGAAAUGGAACCGUUUCCAGUGUGUUAGCUAUUAUUACGUGACCUCUGUCAGGAAGUCGAGGAGUCGUAACUCGUCGUGUCACACACAUUUGAAGAACUACCUUUUUAUCCUCCUGAUGCUGAAUGUCCCUUUUUCGUUUUUUACUCUGUGUCUCAACCUCUCGACCUAUGCAAAGCAAACAAAUCACUAUGAGACAAAAAAAAGAAAAGAAAAGAAACAAAAAAACUGAAAAUGUCAUCAACUCUGACGCGACUCUUGGACUAAAGGGGGACUUGGCAAACAAAACAAAGGCACUGACAAAAGGAGAGAGGUUGAAAAUGGCUUCAGACAAUGAGAAACACUAAAUCUGUUGCUUUUCCACAUUUCACUCAGAUACUGACACGCAUACACCCAGAGUUGCACACAUAGCAGUCAAAGACAAAGGCAGCACAGUGGCCUAUGAUGGAGAGAAAGGAAAAAAAAGAGGGAGAGAGCAGCUGCUGGCGAUGGUGGUGGUGGUAUUGGUGGGGGCGGACGAACGGACGGAGCCGCUCCAGCGUUACACAGAUGGAUCACUCUGGAAAGAACGCAUCACUUGUGCUCGUUUGUUGAGCUGUCACAUUUUAAUCCCCGGCCGAGCCCAUUGGGAACCAACCCCUCCACCAAACACAGAGCCCCACAUCGAGGCCCCCCCACCCUCACGCCCACCCCCACCCACCCCCACCGGUCAUUGAGCGCUGACGCUGUCAGCAUUUCCACCUCUGUGCUGCUGUAGUCUGCCGUCAGGUACACAAACACGUUCACCAAAGCCACCCCGACAACUGGCCUGCCUCAAAUCUGUCAAGGACACCAGGUGGGGUGGAGAGGACGGGGGUUCACUCUUUGACGUUCGUGUGCCUUACAUUUUUACUGCUAUUUAAGAGAAAAAAAAAAGUAGAAUAAGAGAGAGAAAUCUACUAUUUAAGAUAUUUAUUUUUGAGGGUUGACUAUGUUGACGCUCUGAGAGUAGAGACUUAGUGGCGGUACUGUAUUAAUAAUAUGAUUAUGUACUCAUCUCAAGGCAUAUAUAAGUUAUUGAUUAGUUUUAUUAUUAUUAUUACUAUUAUUAUUAUUAUUAACAUACUCAACCAAAACAUGUUGAUGUAGGAGUUAUUUAAAAUACUGUUAUGUGCACUGUACUUUUAUUUUUUAUCUUUUUGAUUCUUUAGAUAUUAAAUAUUAGCUUAAUGCCUUUUGUAUGGAAGAACUUAAUUUAAAUUGCAGGCCCGUUCGCAUACAGAUUGUACUCUGCCUCUUCUGUGUUUAGAUUAGAGGAAAAAAAAAUACAAUAAUUUUGACAAAAACAAGCGAAAAUGCUGCUUUUCUCUACUAGAAUGUAUAGUCGUUGUCAAGGUUUCAGUAGCUGUGCUUCUUUUGCUUAAUAUUCAUCAGAUGGGCUGUUUUACACUGUUGGGAAUUUUUAUACUUGAACUCUUUCUUACAAGGGAAAUAUGAAAAAUAAAUGACAAAAAAACUUUUUAAAGAA